AAAUUGCUGGAGCCGGGGCCCCGAGCCCCUGCGAGUUGCCUGGAAACUCCCCCUCCUCCCCGCCUCCCUCGGCCCCUGCCCGUCCCCUGCCCGUCCCGCUGCCAUUUAUUCGCCAUCAGCUGCUCCCUGAUAAAGUGGAAUAAUAAUAAUAAUAAUAGGGGCAGGAAUAUUAAAACAUGCAGCCCGCGGGCCGCCCCCACAGCUGCCAUGAGACACGGCGCCGGAGCGGUGCCACUGCUGCUCAACAUGUACCUGCCAGAUCCAGUGGGGGAAACUUUGUUCAAAGACGGCAAGAGCCAGGCAUGGGGAUCCCUCAACCCGGGUGUGCAGAAAGGCAGUGGGCAGAUCCAGUUGUGGCAAUUCCUUCUGGAGCUGCUCUCAGACCGGGCCAACCUCAACUGCAUCGCCUGGGAGGGCACCAAUGGCGAAUUCAAGCUGAUCGACCCUGAUGAGGUGGCGCGGCGCUGGGGCGAGCGGAAGAGCAAACCCCACAUGAACUACGACAAGCUGAGCCGGGCGCUGCGCUACUACUACGAUAAGAACAUCAUGACCAAGGUGCAUGGCAAGCGCUACGCCUACAAGUUCGACUUCCAUGGUCUGGCACAGGUCUGCCAACCCGCUGCCCCCGAUCACACCCUCUACAAAUUCCAGGGCAAUUUGGCCCCUCUGCCCUUCUCGGGCAUCUCCAAACUCAACCUCAUGACCUCCGGGGUGACGCCCGCUGGUUUCUCCUACUGGCCCGGCUCCAGCCCAUCUCUCUACCCUGGGCACAGUCUCCAGCCCUCGGCCCCGUUCAGUGCCAUGGCAGCCUCCCACCUCAACAACAUGAACAACCACUACCAUUAAGGCUUGGCAGAUGCAUCCCGGUGGUGUGGGGUUGGGGAGCUUGGUGGGGAGGGGUGGGGGGGUGGGAUGCUGCCCUGCUCCAGCUGCCCCUGGUGAGGUUUGGAGAGCGGUGAUUCUCUGCCAUGGGUGGUUGGGGGGCUACCUUUAGGUUGAGGAGGGAUCUUCCAUGAGGGAAUGCACAGGUAUGCCCAAAGCGGAGGUGAAUGGGAGGAGAAACCAUGCCCCAGCCCACAAACCCCCCUCAGGAUCAGCUCAGCCUCCAGCCCUCCCAUCUCCUGACAGAGAGGGGUUGGGAGUUGUAGACCCCAGAAAGCCUUGCCUAAGGGUGAGGGAUCCUUGUUGCAGAUCCUUGCUUCCUGCCUCCAUCCUUACCUCCAGGGAACAAGGCUGAGUAAAGCAGGAGCAAAAACAAUGCUGGGAAGCCCAGGGCACCAAGGGGGAGGCUUAGUGUCCAAGGAAUACCCCCCACCCUCCAGAGCAGGACUUUGGCUCAGUGGAUGGAGAGGUGCUGGGUUCUGCCAGUCGGGGAGGGAUUUGUCUUCAAUAAAAUGGAGAGGUGCUGUGA